AUGGCAGUGUUUGUAGUGGUGACGGUGGUGAUGAUGGGACUGUUGCAACUCACCAGCCCGGUACGUGGUCAGCUGGACGAGUUCGAUUACUGCAUCCGGCGGGCACCGUCCCCGGGAUUGUUGCGUUGUGCCGGCCAGCAAGCACUCAGCUCGCUGCAGUUCCUCGAGGAAGCCAACAACUUCACGCUCGCGACCGGUGUGCUGAUGAUCAAGGAUGAUUCGCUGCCCGCGUCACGCAUCAUUCCCAACUUUAUCGAUCGAGAUCCGCUCGACUUCAGGGGUAUAUUGGAGAAUGCAGGCGCCGUGAUGGCCCAACGCCAGAUGCUCUGGGACAUGGGCAUCAUCUAUCCGGGGCUGAAGCUGAAGCUUGGCCCAACCGCCGGUGCGGUUGGCAUUUUGGAGUUCGUGCUGGAUCCAGCGGCGGCCCAGAACGAUGAACGAUCGCUGUUCGAGGAAAAAUCCACAGCCCGUAUUCUCACCAAAAGUUUCGUCGUCCCGUUUCUGCUUGGCCUCAAGUUUAACCUGGCCACCCUGCUCCCGCUGGUGUUUGGUGGAUUGAUUUUGCUGAGCAAAAAGGCUCUCAUCCUCGGCAAGAUUGCCCUCUUCCUGUCCGGCAUGUUCGGGUACGGUUCGUUCUUUGCACCCUCGCUGGUCGGUGGCUUCGGGGGCGGUGGAUACGGCGGUGGUGGAUUCGGAGGUGGCUUCACCGGAGGCUACCAUGGUGGGGGUUACGGGUUCGGAUCGAAACCGUUCCGCUACAACAAUCCGCUCGCCGACAAUCCGGACUUUGACGAGCAGCCCCAUACCAGCGGCGGUUACUACAAGAAAAAGGACAAGUUCCUUAACCUGGACGAACGUGUCGAACCAUCGGCGGCACCACUGGUCGAUAAGUUCUACGAGUACGAAAAGCAACAAAUGCUAAAGGACCGCACAGCGCGGCUAUUCGAGCGGAAAUUCUACGAGAAAGAACGAGAACAACAACACGCACCGGCCGGGGGAUUAACGACCGGUGGUGGAGAGUAUCCGUUCGUCACUUCCGAUCUCACCACCGAUCGAAACGAACGAUCGUUGCCCGAUGUCGGCGGUGGUGGCGGCGGCGGCACUGGGGGACCAACCGCCGGACGAAACUUUGCCUGGAGUGACCAUUAA